UGAGAGGGGAUGUGAGAGAGUGAGAGAGUGGUGUGCCGAAGACAGCAGAAGAGAGAACAAGAACUGACUGAGGCAAACAUGUCAUCUACCUGGAUCCACUCCCUCCGGAUCCUUCUGAUCCUCCUCUCCAGAGGCAUCGACACAACUGAAACACCACCUCCGUUGGUCCCAGAUGACCCACCGGCACUGCUUGAAAAGAGUGUGGUCCUUAAGGGUGACAGUCAUGUUGAAAAUGUUGAACUUUUGGAACCCACCAAGGUAAAAUUAGACUGUACCUGGAUGGGUAACAAAACCAAAUUGCCCAACAUUACUGGGUAUUGGAAAAAAGAUGGGAUUGAAAUUGCUAACACUCAAGUCCAAUUGGAAAAUGAGCAGUAUAAUCUCAAAAAAGUGUUCAGCAUUAAUAAAGAUAACCUGGGGGAUUACUCCUGUGUCUUUGUCGGUUCACAAGAUGUGGCGAAAAUAGACUUCCAUUUGGCAGCACCAAAGAUGAGUGACAUGAGAGACAAGCCAGUUGUGAGCUAUGUUGGUGACUCUGUGGUGAUUGAUUGUAAAUCAAAGAAACCUCCGGUCUAUUGGCUCUGGUAUAAAGUCAAUGGGACCGAGAAAGAGCUUAUUGACACGGGAGCUAACGCGUCGCGCCACGGGAUGCAUGUCAACGCCGAGGGGUAUCAUUCCAAACUGACGGUGCUGCUGGUGAACGAGUCUGAUGCCGGGAUCUACUCAUGCAGCGCGGUCUUCCACAUCGGCGCCAGCGAAGGCCACGUGGAGCUAAGAGUGAUCACCUUCAUAGAGCCCCUCAAGCCCUUCCUGGCCAUCCUGGUGGAGGUUGUCGUCUUGGUCUUCCUCAUUCUACUGUGUGAGAAACGCAACUCGCGGAAGCAAAACCACUCAGGAAAUGAAAAUCAGAGUGCCCAAACCAGUAAGCUGGCACAAGGAGAAAAUGGGAUGGAAGAAAGUUCCACAAUAAGACAAAGAAAGAUGUAAACAUCAGAGGUCAAAGUCAUAUCAGGUUUGGUCUGUUUCAACAAAUUUUCAUCAGAAUAUAAAAUUCAUUCACAUUCAGGAAAGAAUGUUUUAGCGUUUAAAUUCAAAACUGCUUCUUGAAUUAAACCAGACUGGAUUCAGUCACUGGUUAAUAUAUUCAUGAAAUGUUCCUAGUGCAUUUGUUUUCAGGGGUUGAGGUAUUUUGGAUGAUUAUUGUUGCAAAACUAUGGCCACAGUCUGUCACAAAUGAAUAGUUGCAAUGUAUUUUGUAACCCAAAGAAAAGUGAGUCAGCCUUACUGAAUGAGGAGUUCCAUAUCUUUCUGUACGCUUGUAUUAUUCCUGUAUGCUCCUGUUCUUCCAUAUCCUGCUUGAAAACAUAUUAGCACGAGGGGUGGGCGAUACUGCAAAAUUUGGUAUCGAUCCAAUACCAAGUAAAUACAGGGCCAGUUUUGCCGAUACCGAUACAGCUACCUGGAUAUUUCUGACCAUGCUGAAAGGCCUCUGCCAGUGAGCUCUGUCUCGGUGCCAGGGUUCUGGUUUGGGGGGGGGGGGGGUUCCCCUCCUCCUCCAUCCGUUUACUUUGCAGCUCGGAUUUCUCUUUUGCGUGAGUUUUCAUGUAAUUAUUUAAAUUUGUGGUGUUGCCACAGUACCGUAUGUUCAUCACAGCUUGCAGUGUUUGUGUCCUCAGCUGUAAAGUAACUCCAGACGGCGCUUCUCUUUCUCUCUGCCAUUAUGCAGCCAUCAGUGUGCUGCUGACUGAGUCAUGUGCUGCAUGUGCACGCCGGCAACAACUCACAGCAUAGCAGGGGAGGCAGGGGAGGGGCAAAGUGAGCUUGAGCGAAGUAAGAGGAGCGGUGUUUGCACAACCACUAUAAUGUAAAGGGAGUUACAGGGAGUAAUUACAUAAUCAUUUUUUAUUUUCAUUCAAAUUAGCAUAUUGAUGAUGCAUUCACUUCAUCAAUUAUGAGGCAUUGCUUUCCCCUACACAAAAGUAGAUCAGCUGCUUUUCAAAGUAAAAAGUAUCGGUAUCCGCAAUACUGGCCCUGUAUUUACUUGGUAUCGGAUCGAUACCAAAUUUUGCAGUAUCGCCCACCCUAGUUUGCACAAUCACUAUGAUGUAAAGGUUUGUGUCGUUUGGUAAGGCAUAUUGAAGAGCAUAUUGUGCCUGUUCCAAACAGAAAGGACUUCAGCCUCCGCCUAGCUUCAACCUUCAAACAGAAGUAUGCUGCUAGUUUUACUUGUACUACUGCACUUAUUAUUUUAGUCAAGUCUGAUUUAUGUGUGCAGUGCCUUAACUCAGCAACUUUAAAGCAUUUGCUAAAUGAAUAUUACAUAAGGUACCACUCUACACUGUUCUGGGAUUCUGUUAACUUCUGGUGUCUUGGUUGUUUGUAUCCAAAAAGCAGUGUGCCUAUACAAAAUCCAUACAAAAAUGUUUAGCUACCUAUACUUUACUUGAACUAAAUACAUUAUAAUGUAUGCAUAUGGUAAUAUACAUUAGAUAUAACCUGUGUCCAUUUUUGAUGUGUUCACUUAUCUCAAUCUGUGUAUGGUUCUCACGUAAUAAACUGUUUUGCACCAUCUAGUGGCAAAAA